UCCCUCCUCCUCCUCCUGCUCGGCCAUUGUUGGGCAACAGUCUACUGUCUCAUCGGCUAAACCGAAACUCUCCCCACAUUAAUGGUCGAAGAUUCACCAUAAGCGCCUGGCCGUACCUACUUUCGGACAACUUUUUUUAGCGGAAUCGAGCCAACUCCCCCGCCGGUAGUCGAGGGAGCAACUCCGGGAAGUGAAGAGAGAAUCAGACACAAUGACAAACAUCAACACAGCUAACAUCAACUUUAAAUGGGACCCAAAAAGUCUCGAGAUACGUACUCUGGCUGUGGAGAGGCUGCUGGAGCCCCUUGUUACCCAGGUCACCACCUUGGUCAAUUCCAGUAACAAAGGCCCGUCUAACAAGAAGAAGGGGCGCUCCAAGAAGGCUCAUGUUUUGGCUGCAUCAGUCGAGACCGCUACCCAGAACUUCCUCGAGAAAGGAGAGAAGAUUGCAAAGGAAAGUCAGUUCCUAAAGGAUGAGCUGACUGCUGCAGUGGAGGAUGUCCGUAAGCAAGGUGAGUCAAUGAGACAGGCCUCCAGCGAAUUUGCAGAAGACCCCUGCUCCUCUGUGAAGAGGGGCAAUAUGGUUCGCGCUGCCAGAGCCCUCCUUUCAGCGGUCACACACCUGUUGGUCCUGGCAGACAUGUCUGAUGUCUACAAACUCCUACUGCAGCUUAAACUGGUGGAGGAGAAUCUGGUCAAAGUGCGCAAUGCAGGAACAGAGCAAGAGUUGGGCAUCCAGUACAAGGCCUUGAAACCAGAGGUGGACAAGCUGAACAUCAUGGCUGCCAAGAGACAGCAGGAGCUGAAGGAUGUUCAUCACAAAGACCAAAUGGCUGCUGCGCGUGGGGUGCUACAAAGGAACAUCCCCAUGCUGUACACGGCAUCCCGUGCCUGCCUGCAGCAUCCUGACGUGGCAGCCUACAAGGCCAACCGUGACCUGAUCUACAAGCAGCUGCAGCAUGCAGUGUCUGGAAUCUCCAAUGCGGCCCAGGCCGCAACCACUGAAGACCCAGCCCUCGGUCAGCCAGCAGGGGGUGGAGAGCUGGCUUAUGCCCUCAACAAUUUUGAUAAACAAAUCAUUGUGGACCCCCUGGCAUUCAGCGAGGAACGCUUCCGUCCUUCUCUGGAGGAGCGCCUUGAGAGCAUUAUCAGCGGUGCUGCCCUCAUGGCCGACUCCUCGUGCACACGUGAUGACCGCAGGGAGCGCAUCGUGGCUGAAUGCAAUUCUGUUCGCCAGGCUCUUCAGGACCUUUUAUCGGAGUAUAUGGGAAAUGCUGGUAGAAAAGACAAAAGCGAUGCUCUGAAUACAGCCAUCGACAGGAUGACAAAGAAGACAAGAGACCUUCGCAGACAGCUGCGUAAAGCCGUGAUGGACCAUGUCUCUGACUCUUUCUUGGAGACCAACGUUCCCCUACUGGUUUUGAUUGAAGCUGCCAAGAAUGGCAACGAGAAAGAAGUGAAGGAAUACGCGCAGGUGUUCCGUGAACAUGCCAACAAGUUGAUUGAGGUGGCCAACUUGGCAUGCUCCAUUUCCAACAAUGAAGAGGGAGUAAAGCUGGUCCGCAUGGCAGCAUCUCAACUGGAAACCCUGUGCCCCCAGGUGAUUAAUGCAGCACUGGCCCUUGCUGCCAAGCCCAACAGUAAGGUGGCCCAAGACAAUAUGGAUUUGUUCAAGGAUCAGUGGGAAAAGCAGGUCCGUGUCCUCACUGAUGCUGUCGAUGACAUAACAUCGAUUGAUGACUUCCUUAGUGUGUCUGAGAAUCACAUCCUUGAGGAUGUAAAUAAGUGCGUCAUCGCUCUGCAAGAGAAGGAUGUGGAUGGAUUGGAUCGCACUGCUGGGGCUAUUCGAGGCCGAGCUGCGAGAGUUGUUCAUGUGGUCACUUCUGAAAUGGACAAUUAUGAACCUGGUAUCUACACAGAGAAGGUUCUGGAGGCCACAAAGCUCCUCACUGACACAGUCAUGCCACGCUUCACAGAGCAGGUGGAGUCUGCAGUGGAGGCCUUGAGUUCAAACCCUGCACAACCUGUGGAUGAGAAUGAGUUCAUUGAUGCAUCCCGUCUGGUAUAUGAUGGAAUUCGCGACAUACGCAAGGCUGUUCUCAUGAUCAGAACUCCAGAAGAACUGGAUGACUCUGACUUUGAUCCUGAAGACGAUGUGCGCAGCAGGACCAGUGUGCAGACAGAAGAUGACCAACUUAUAGCUGGUCAAAGUGCACGUGCCAUCAUGGCCCAGUUGCCCCAGGAGCAGAAGGCAAAGAUUGCAGAGCAGGUGGCUAGCUUCCAGGAGGAGAAGAGCAAGCUGGAUGCGGAAGUAUCCAAGUGGGAUGACAGUGGAAAUGACAUCAUUGUGUUGGCUAAGCAGAUGUGCAUGAUCAUGAUGGAGAUGACAGACUUCACCAGGGGGAAAGGGCCUCUGAAGAACACAUCUGAUGUCAUCAGCGCUGCCAAGAAAAUUGCUGAGGCAGGAUCAAGAAUGGACAAGCUGGGCCGCACCAUCGCAGACAGUUGCCCGGACUCCACCUGUAAGCAGGACCUGCUGGCCUACCUGCAGAGAAUCGCCUUGUAUUGCCACCAGCUCAACAUCUGCAGCAAAGUCAAGGCUGAAGUUCAAAACCUGGGAGGAGAGCUGGUUGUCUCAGGGUUGGACAGCGCCAUGUCUCUGAUUCAAGCCGCAAAGAACCUGAUGAACGCCGUGGUGUCCACCGUCAAGGCCUCCUACGUCGCCUCCACCAAGUACCAAAAGAACAAAGGCAUGGAGGCCCUGAACAUGCCAGCAGUCUCAUGGAAAAUGAAAGCUCCUGAGAAGAAGCCUCUGGUGAAGAGAGAGAAGCAGGAUGACGGGCAGGCCAGAGUCAAGAGAUCCUCUCACAAGAAGCACGUCAGCCCGGUGCAGGCUCUGAGCGAGUUCAAGGCCAUGGAUAGUAUCUAGACACACCGCGCUGUCGUCUCAAGAGCAAUGAGUUUAGAAUAGACUCGUCAUCGUAUCAAAGAGAAACCCGUCUUCUGUCUGUCCAGGGAUGGGUUGUGUGGUCCUUUAUAUUCCUACACUUCUUCAUUCCUCUUGCGUACAUUUGGAUUUGCUAUAAUAACUCUUUUGUAGAAAAUACAGAGAGAGAAAUCAACUGGAUCAACGGGCUUCUUUUCUUUCAUGUAUAUGAGAGGAAUACUGGAUUUAAUAGAUAUAGAUGGCUUUUGAUUGCUUCCCAUUCUAACCAGUUUUUAAAGUAAAACUAUUGUUUUAUUUUGGCAAACUAUUUUCUACAGAUAUCAACUAUGCAAAAUGUAUUUUCCUUUUCUUUUUUUUUUUGAUAAAUGAAACAAUAGUUAGUUAUUCCUGAGGUGCUGGGAUAACUGGUCAGAAAAUAGCAUGUUUUGGUUCAAUCUUAACAAGCCAGACUGAAAUUGCUUCCAUGCCUUUAAAAAGUUUAUAAGUUAAAACAGACUAAUAUUAGUUUCAGUUUUGUACUGAUUUUGCAUUUGGGCUGUUAAAUGUUUUUUCUUUGUAAGUUCACCAUUUAAAAUCCUGUUCACCAAACCAAAGGUUAGACUGUUUGUCUGGUUUGUUUAGCAAAUAAUGUAUUUGCUCAAAAACGACCUAAAAGGCUCACACAUCAUCUAGGUUAGACACUUUGUAAACUGGUCCAAACUCCCGUGUGUCAGGGAGAGCCCAGACUGCGUGACGGUUCUACCCAAAACAUCAAUGAGACCAAACACCUCCACAUUCUGAAUGCGCCUGAUUGAGUGGAUCAAUAUAUUUUCUUUGUAUCUGAGUUUUGCAGCGACUUCUGCUUGCUUACUUAACGUUUGCAUUUCUCCACCCUUGAGUUUGAACAUUACGUUUUUUUUUUUUUAAUUUUGGAGCUUUAAAAAUGAAAGUUUUUUUCAGUUUUUUAAAAUGUAAUUGAAAUAAGACCAGUGAGGUGCAUUCGGUCUCAAUUUUCCAGUCGUGAAUAGGUGCACGUGCUCUACACUGAUGCAUUGAUGUACAAGAAGGCUUCCUGCUUGUUUGAUCGGGGAGAUGAAACUUUGUUUUGCACACGUAACAUCUGUGAACUCGAGCAGGAUGAGCAUGGAUGGUUAUUUCAUAGAGUAUUCUGAGUCAUUUUCAGUGUGCCUCCCCCUUCCCUUUUGCUGUAUCGUUUGAUUUAAAUCUCUUGUGAUAUAAAACUACUUUGCUGUGGAUGUUUUUUUUGUUUUUUUUUAUUGAGAGCUUACUUAUUAGUGCACACUUGUAUUAAUUUGCCUGAUUUACAGUAUAUCUUAAAUAAACAAUUAAAUUCA